ACUUUUUUUGAAUGAAACUUUGUUUUUAUUUAACACAAGAUUGGAGUUCUACAGUUUCUCUUCUGAAAAUCACAGGAGGAAAAGCGGAAAAAUCGGUAAAGCUAACGGUUUUCAUAAUUACAAUAAGACCUAGCUUUCUCUCGACAGCUCAUUUGCAAAGGAGCAGCAAAGAUGCAGAACUCUGUGCGUUUCAGUUUAAUUUUCGUCGUCGCCGUGGCGUUUCUCCUUGGAAGCCAUGAGGCACUCCCUAGCGUUGGCCAAUGUACUUUCAUGGAGUACUAUUGCGCUGCUCGAAAAUGCGCCACAUUUUUCUAUAAAGGACUACAAAAGGACCCCAAAGGAGACUGUUUUGCUAAGUUCAACCAAAUGAAAGGCUGUGUGCUGAAGGUGAUGAAGUAUUGUGCUGACUCACUGUCGGUUAGCACUAUCAGAAGAAUUGUACACCAGAAUUUUGACAGCAAAGAAUGUUCUGAAGGCCCCGCUCUGAUACCGCCCUCGUCAGCGUCAUCAUUGCCUUGUUCCAGCUCUUUCGUCACUGAAGCAAACGCCUGUACAAGGACCUUCCGGCAAAUAUUCGUCGCGGACAAAUCGAGUUCCUCUCUUUGCACGGAGGAAGCCAAGCAGAAGAAGUGUCUAAAGAAUCUGAUCGAUUCUGACUGCACCUUUUCCUUUACUGACCGAGAGGUGCAGGACUUGUGGCUUGAUGACUACAAUCCUUUCUGCGCAAACAAUCGGGACCCUGGGGCGAUCGGAAAUGAUCAGUGCUAUGGCGUGUUAGACAUCAGUGCAGCCGCUGGCAUUAAACCUGGUGUAAUGCAGGCGCUGUUGUUAGUUUUCAUGUCCAUUUGUUUCUUUUUCAACUGUUAAAGAGGUUUCCUUCUUCAUCAUUUUAUUCCAGUUUAUUAACAUUUUUAGUCAAGUUUAAUAAGUUUUUGGAUCGGCGAAGCAUUUGAAUUAACUGUAAGCUUAUCUUAAGUCUAAAAUAAUUCCUUUUAGUAGUUGGGUUUAUUUCUUAACCGCUUGAACGACCACUUCUUAUAAAAGUAUUUUAGAAAUUGAAAAUAAUGAAAAAAAAGUCUAAAAAACACAUUCUUUUUUAGUCAACCGAUUAAACUAAU